AUGGCUUCCAGUAUUCUCAUGUUACAUGAUCUGUCCGCCCUCUGCUCUGAUGCUGUCCACUUCAACCCCACUGGCUAUGCCGCGCUGUGCCUGCUGGGAAAUGUAGUCUUCAACGGCAGCCGAGACAGACAGGUGGGUGUGCGGACGGACAUGCGUCCAAAUAUUUCAUUCGAUCUAUGCAAAAAUAGGAAUGAAACUGUCCAUAGAGCUACACAACAUAAGACGUUGCACCUGCUGGCAUUUUCCAUAUAUCCCAGAGUUCAGAUUAUCAUUUCUGUGAUUGUCUUAUUCAUGUACAUUCUCUGUAUACUUGGAAACUUGCUUGUAGCUAUAAUAGUAUGUCUGACACCCCGGCUGCAUACUCCCAUGUACUUUUUUCUGGGCAACCUUACAUUCCUAGAUAUUGUGUAUGUGUCUGUAAUCUUGCCAAAGCUGCUGGCCAUCAGUAUGAUAGGUGACACCAGUAUCUCCUAUCCGGGGUGCUUUACACAAAUAUUCUUCUACGUUUUCUCUAUUGGAACAGAAUUUUUCCUGCUGACCUCUAUGGCUUAUGACAGAUACGUGGCCAUUUGUAUUCCAUUACACUACGUCAUGAUGAUGAACAGAAGGACAUGUUUGAUAUUGGCCGUAUUUUGUUGCACUAUUGGGACUUUUAACUCGCUUAUGUACGCAGUGCUUAUAUCACGGUUAUCGUUUCCCAGUUCCAGUGAAAUCAACCAUUUCUUUUGCCAUAUGAAGUCAGUACUCCGUAUCUCUUGCAAUGACAGCACCAGUAUUGCAAUCUUAAUUACUGUUGAUGGUAUUGUUUUAGGGUUUGUGACCUUCAUGUUGAUUCUCACAUCUUACAUGCGUAUCAUAUCUACGAUUCUAAAGAUUCAUACCACCGCCGGGAGGCUAAAAGCCUUUUCCAGCUGCUCCUCUCACAUCACCAUCGUUGUUUUAUUUUGUCUGACGUCUCUCACUCUGAACAUGAAACCGGAAACAGAGUUCUCUCAGGAACAGGACAAAAUACUUUCAAUGGUGUAUAUUGCUGUAGUUCCAAUGUUAAAUCCACUAGUAUAUAGUCUGAGAAAUAAAGAUGUUCUAAAAGCUAUAAAUGAAUUGAGAAAAUAA